UCAGUCAGCUUCAGCCCCCCUAAAGCCUAACUAACUCCUCCGUGGUUUCCUGAGCACGAUCUUUAAAAGUUGCAGCUUUGCUCUCAUUUUUUUUAAGCCGCUUAAAAAUCCUCGGGGAUCUCCGUCCUGAUAAUGUCCUCCGUUAAGAUUGAGUCCGUUGUUCUGGACAGCACCAGGUGUGGAGAAUCUCCAGUGUGGGAGGAGAAAUCCAAUAGCCUCCUGUACGUGGAUAUUCCAUCCAAGAAGAUUUUCCGAUGGAAUUCACUCACCAAGCAAGUGCAAGACUUCACUGUAGAUAGUACGGUCAGCUCAGUGGCCAUUCGACAGUCUGGUGGGUAUGUCGCAACAGUAGGGACUCGGUUCUGUGCUUUGAACUGGGAAGACCGAUCGUCAUCUGACCUGUGUUCUGUGGAUAAAGAUAAGAAAAACAAUCGAUUCAAUGAUGGGAAGAUUGAUCCAGCUGGGAGAUACUUUGCUGGUACCAUGGCUGAGGAGAUUGCCCCUGCUGUGCUGGAGAGGCACCAAGGUGCCCUGUAUGUUCUCUUUCCCAGUGGCAAUGUAGAGAAAUACGUUGAUCACGUGGACAUCUCUAAUGGCUUGGACUGGUCCAUGGAUCACAAAAUCUUCUAUUACAUCGAUAGCCUGUCUUACUCUGUGGAUGCCUUUGAUUAUGACUUACACACAGGAAAAAUUGCCAACCGCAGAAGUGUGUACAAGAUGGAAAAGGAAGAACACAUUCCAGACGGAAUGUGCAUUGAUACUGAAGGAAAGCUCUGGGUGGCUUGCUACAAUGGAGGAAGAGUGAUCCGCUUAGAUCCAGAGACAGGAACAAGACUUCAAACAGUAAAGCUGCCAACUGAAAAAACAACUUCCUGCUGUUUUGGAGGAAAGGAUUAUUCUGAAUUAUAUGUGACCUCUGCUCGGGAUGGCCUGGAUCCUGAUAAACUUUCAAGACAACCAGAGGCAGGAAGGAUUUUCAAGAUAACUGGACUUGGUGUAAAAGGAGUCGCCCCACAUGCCUUUGCUGGAUAAAUCCUGAACCUACACUGGCCCUCUCCUUUUGCUGCAAUCCUUCGGCAGAAUUUGGAUUCAAAUAGAGUUAGAACAAGGAGAAAACACCCAAAUAUUUUUCCUAAAUAUUAAACAAUAGCCUUUGGUUAUUUGAUCUUUAUUUGGAACAAUGUCUAGGAGUCACUUUGGAGUUGAUGAGUCUGGGGCUGGUUAUUUUGGCCCAAGAGCACCUUGUGACAUGAAUGUUUCAUAUCCCUUCAUGAGCAAUCAUAUGAGACUUCAUCACUUCUGUCAAUACGCUGUAAAAUCCUCAGUAAAGAAUGCUAUGAAAUUGCCAAGAAUUAUCCUUCACCUAUCAAUUGUCAUGUCUGUCUCUGUUGUAAGCUCUAUCUGAAGAGGGACCAUAUCUGUUCUUCUGCUUUGUCAUAAAAAGAUCUAGGAAAUCAUCCAUACCCAAUAAAUAUCAAUCUGCUUGCCUGUCUCUUUCA